AUGACUUCGAAUUCCAAUCUCUCAAAUCAAUCCAAUCCUCUUCAGUUAGACCUCGCUGAAGCAGACCUUGAUGGCUUCUCCAAUGUAGCCAACAAGCUUGCUGAUGCCUCUGGUGAAGUGAUUAGAAAGUACUUUCGAAAGAAAUUUGAAAUUCUUGAUAAAGAGGAUUUGAGCCCUGUUACUAUAGCUGACAAAGCAGCAGAGGAAGCUAUGAUUUCGAUUAUACUAGAGAAUUUUCCUUCUCAUGCAAUUUUCGGGGAGGAGAAUGGGUGGAGGUGUAAACGAGAGUUUUCGGAUUUCGUUUGGGUUUUGGAUCCGAUAGAUGGGACUAAGAGUUUUAUUACUGGCAAACCUUUGUUUGGUACGCUGAUUGCUUUGCUAUAUAAGGGUAAACCGAUUCUUGGCAUAAUUGAUCAGCCUGUGCUAAGAGAAAGAUGGAUUGGGAUAAAUGGAAGGAGAACAACAUUAAACAGAGAGGAACUGUCCACACGGGCUUGUUCCCAACUCUCACAAGCAUAUUUGUACACCACUAGCCCACAUCUAUUCAGUGGGGAUGCUGUGGAAGCUUUUGCUCGUGUUAGAAGCAAGGUGAAAGUGCCAUUGUAUGGCUGUGAUUGCUAUGCUUAUGCUCUCUUGGCUUCUGGAUAUGUUGACCUUGUCAUUGAGUCUGGUCUCAAGCCCUACGAUUUUCUUGCCCUGGUACCUGUGAUCGAGGGCGCUGGAGGUAUUAUAACAGACUGGAAAGGGCACCAUCUCUAUUGGGAGGCCUCUCCAGAUUCUCGUGCAACAAGUUUCAAUGUAGUGGCAGCAGGAGAUAAACAAAUUCACCAACAAGCUCUAGAUGCAUUACAAUGGCAUUGA